AGGAUUUGGGGUGGAAGGCAGGCAUGGUCAAACCCGUUUCACUGACAGGAGAGCGGAGACAGGACGUGUCUCUCUCCACGUCUUCCAGCCAGUAAAAGCAGCCAAGCUGGAGCCCAAAGCCCGGUGUUCUGACUCCCAGCGUGGGGGUCCCUGCACCAACCAUGAGCCGCCUGCUCUGGAGGAAGGUGGCCGGCGCCACCGUCGGGCCAGGGCCGGUUCCAGCUCCGGGGCGCUGGGUCUCCAGCUCCGUCCCCGCGUCCGACCCCAGCGACGGGCGGCGGCGGCGGCAGCAGCAGCAGCAGCAUCAGCAGCAACAGCAGCCUCAGCAGCCGCAAGUGCCAUCCUCGGAGGGCGGGCAGCUUCGGCACAACCCAUUGCACAUCCAGAUGCUCUCGAGAGGGCUGCACGAGCAAAUCUUCGGGCAAGGAGGGGAGAUGCCCGGCGAGGCCGCGGUGCGCCGCAGCGUCGAGCACCUGCAGAAGCACGGGCUCUGGGGGCAGCCAGCCGCCCCCUUGCCCGACGUGGAGCUGCGCCUGCCGCCCCUCUACGGGGACAACCUGGACCAGCACUUCCGCCUCCUGGCCCAGAAGCAGAGCCUGCCCUACCUGGAGGCGGCCAACUUGCUGUUGCAGGCCCAGCUGCCCCCGCAGCCCCCGCGUUGGGCCUGGGCGGAGGGCUGGACCCGCUACGGCCCCGAGGGGGAGGCCGUACCCGUGGCCAUCCCCGAGGAGCGGGCCGUGGUGUUCGACGUGGAGGUCUGCUUGGCAGAGGGAACUUGCCCCACAUUGGCGGUGGCCAUAUCCCCCUUGGCCUGGUAUUCCUGGUGCAGCCGGCGGCUGGUGGAAGAGCGUUACUCUUGGACCAGCCAGCUGUCGCCGGCUGACCUCAUACCCCUGGAGGUCCCUGCUGCUGCCAGCAGCCCCACCCAGAGAGAUUGGCAGGAGCAGUUAGUGGUGGGGCACAAUGUUUCCUUUGACCGAGCUCAUAUCAGGGAGCAGUACCUGAUCCAGGGUUCCCGCAUGCGUUUCCUGGACACCAUGAGCAUGCACAUGGCCAUCUCAGGGCUAAGUAGCUUCCAGCGCAGUCUGUGGAUAGCAGCCAAGCAGGGCAAGCACAAGGUCCAGCACCCCACAAAGCAAGGCCAGAAGUCCCAGAGGAAAGCCAGAAGAGGCCCAGCGAUCUCAUCCUGGGACUGGCUGGACAUCAGCAGCGUCAACAGUCUGGCAGAGGUGCACAGACUUUAUGUAGGGGGGCCUCCCUUAGAGAAGGAGCCUCGAGAACUGUUUGUGAAGGGCACCAUGAAGGACAUUCGUGAGAACUUCCAGGACCUGAUGCAGUACUGUGCCCAGGACGUGUGGGCCACCCAUGAGGUUUUCCAGCAGCAACUACCGCUCUUCUUGGAGAGGUGUCCCCACCCAGUGACUCUGGCCGGCAUGCUGGAGAUGGGUGUCUCCUACCUGCCUGUCAACCAGAAUUGGGAGCGUUACCUGGCAGAGGCACAGGGCACUUAUGAAGAGCUCCAGCGGGAGAUGAAGAAGUCGUUGAUGGAUCUGGCCAAUGACGCCUGCCAGCUGCUCUCAGGAGAGAGGUACAAAGAAGACCCCUGGCUCUGGGACCUGGAGUGGGACCUGCAAGAAUUUAAGCAGAAGAAAGCUAAGAAGGUGAAGAAGGACCCAGCCACAGCCAGCAAGUUGCCCAUCGAGGGGGCUGGGGCCCCUGGUGACCCCAUGGAUCAGGAAGACCUCGGCCCCCGCAGUGAGGAGGAGGAGUUUCAACAAGAUGUCAUGGCCCGCACCUGCUUGCAGAAGCUGAAAGGAACCACAGAGCUCCUGCCCAAGCGGCCCCAGCACCUUCCUGGACACCCUGGAUGGUACCGGAAGCUCUGCCCCCGGCUAGACGACCCUGCAUGGACCCCAGGCCCCAGCCUCCUCAGCCUGCAGAUGCGGGUCACACCUAAACUCAUGGCACUGACCUGGGAUGGCUUCCCUCUGCACUACUCAGAGCGUCAUGGCUGGGGCUACCUGGUGCCUGGGCGGCGGGACAACCUGGCCAAGCUGCCGACAGGUACCACCCUGGAGUCAGCUGGGGUGGUCUGCCCCUACAGAGCCAUCGAGUCCCUGUACAGGAAGCACUGUCUUGAACAGGGGAAGCAGCAGCUGAUGCCCCAGGAGGCCGGCCUGGCCGAGGAGUUCCUGUUCACUGACAAUAGUGCCAUAUGGCAAACGGUAGAAGAACUGGAUUACUUAGAAAUGGAGGCUGAGGCCAAGAUGGAGAACUUGCGAGCUGCAGUGCCAGGUCAACCCCUAGCUCCGACUGCCCCUGGUGGCCCCAAGGACACCCAGCCCAACUAUCACCAUGGCAAUGGACCUUACAACGACGUGGACAUCCCUGGCUGCUGGUUUUUCAAGCUGCCUCACAAGGAUGGUAAUAGCUGUAAUGUGGGAAGCCCCUUUGCCAAGGACUUCCUGCCCAAGAUGGAGGAUGGCACCCUGCAGGCUGGCCCAGGAGGUGCCAGUGGGCCCCGUGCUCUGGAAAUCAACAAAAUGAUUUCUUUCUGGAGGAACGCCCAUAAACGUAUCAGCUCCCAGAUGGUGGUGUGGCUGCCCAGGUCAGCUCUGCCCCGUGCUGUGAUCAGGCACCCUGACUAUGAUGAGGAAGGCCUCUAUGGGGCCAUCCUGCCCCAGGUGGUGACUGCCGGCACCAUCACUCGCCGGGCUGUGGAGCCCACAUGGCUCACUGCCAGCAAUGCCCGGCCUGACCGAGUAGGCAGUGAGUUGAAAGCCAUGGUGCAGGCCCCACCUGGCUACACCCUUGUGGGCGCUGAUGUGGACUCCCAAGAGCUGUGGAUUGCAGCUGUGCUUGGAGACGCCCACUUUGCCGGCAUGCAUGGCUGCACAGCCUUUGGGUGGAUGACACUGCAGGGCAGGAAGAGCAGGGGCACUGACCUACACAGUAAGACGGCUACUACUGUGGGCAUCAGCCGUGAGCAUGCCAAAGUCUUCAACUACGGCCGCAUCUAUGGUGCCGGGCAGCCCUUUGCUGAGCGCUUACUAAUGCAGUUUAACCACCGGCUCACACAGCAGGAGGCAGCUGAGAAGGCCCAGCAGAUGUAUGCUGCCACCAAGGGCCUCCGCUGGUAUCGGCUGUCAGAUGAGGGCGAGUGGCUGGUGAGGGAGUUGCACCUCCCAGUGGACAGGACUGAGGGUGGCUGGAUUUCCCUGCAGGAUCUGCGCAAGGUCCAGAGAGAAGCUGCAAGGAAGUCACAGUGGAAGAAGUGGGAGGUGGCUGCUGAACGGGCAUGGAAGGGGGGCACGGAGUCAGAAAUGUUCAAUAAGCUUGAGAGCAUUGCUACGUCUGACAUACCACGUACCCCGGUUCUGGGCUGCUGCAUCAGCCGAGCCCUGGAGCCCUCGGCUGUCCAGGGAGAGUUUAUGACCAGCCGUGUGAAUUGGGUGGUACAGAGCUCUGCUGUUGACUACUUACACCUCAUGCUUGUGGCCAUGAAGUGGCUGUUUGAAGAGUUUGCCAUAGACGGGCGCUUCUGCAUCAGCAUCCAUGACGAGGUUCGCUACCUGGUGCGGGAGGAGGACCGCUACCGCGCUGCCCUGGCCUUGCAGAUCACCAACCUCUUGACCAGGUGCAUGUUUGCCUACAAGCUGGGUCUGAAUGACUUGCCCCAGUCAGUCGCCUUUUUCAGUGCAGUCGAUAUUGACCGGUGCCUCAGGAAGGAAGUGACCAUGGAUUGUAAAACACCUUCCAACCCAACUGGGAUGGAAAGGAGAUACGGGAUUCCCCAGGGUGAAGCGCUGGAUAUUUACCAGAUAAUUGAACUCACCAAAGGCUCCUUGGAAAAAUGAAGCCAGCCUGGACCAUAGCACUGCCUGGAGGCUCUGUAUUUGCUCCCGUGGAGCUUCAUCGGGGUGGUGCAGGCUCCCAAACUCAGGCUUUCAGCUGUGCUUUUUGCAAAAGGGCUUGCCUAAGGCCAGCCAUUUUUCAGUAGCAGGACCUGCCAAGAAGAUUCCUUCUAACUGAAGGUGCAGUUGAAUUCAGUGGGUUCAGAACCAAGAUGCCAACAUCAGUGUGGGCUAUAGGACAAGGGGCAUUGUUGCUUGUUGGGUAAAAAUGAAGCAGAAGCCCCAAAGUUCACGUUAACUCAGGCAUUUCAUUCAUUUUUUCCUUUUCUUCUUGGCUGGUUCUUUGUUCUGUCCCCCAUGCUCUGAUGCAGUGCCCUAGAAGGGGAAAGAAGUAAUGAUCUAACGUGAUAAACCUGCUCCAAGGCAGUGGAAAUAAAAAAAAGGAAAAAAAAAACUCUAUCUUCUCAUCAAAGCCUGUGUUAGUCAUGCUUUCCCCCCUUUCCCACUCACAGGAGGUAAUUAUGUUGAAGAAGAGGAAGGAGUCCCCCAAAGUGUAGAGUAAGGCAGUGCUGCCACCUUCUCUUAGGACUUUUGCUAUACUGAGGAUACUCAUGGGACAAAAUGACAAGAAGCCAUUGACAUCAAAAUGCUACAUGUGCAGCUGCCAAGUGGGUAAAGGGAGUGGAUGGGGCCAGGUACAUUAGAGCCUGGAGUGUGAUCAUCUGAAGAAUGCAUGUUCAAAAUUCUGAAAUCUAGGGCACUUGUAUAUAAACUUCCAGUUUUGAAA